AAGAUUGAAACAGAUAUGAAGAUGAAAGGAAGGAUAAGAUUCCGUGGAAGGGUUUUUACUGGGCAACCUGGUAAACAAAUAAUCGCUGCUAAAAGAACAGAAUACAGCCACUAUGUGAAUCAGCACUUCAAUAAGUUCAAACCCACUAGGUUGGCUUCACAGGGAUGGAAACACAGCCGAUCUUGUGGAGAUCAUUUCACAAUAAAUAAUACAAGAGGGAAUCCUGCUUUUCCUAAGAAAUCAGACCAGGGUUCAGAGCAUAAUGAGUCAGUGACAAGUUUUAGUGAUUUCCAUCUCCAUGAAUCAUUGAUAAAUGGACUGGCCAGCAUGGAAAUUGAACAACCAACUAAUGUGCAGAUCUUAACAAUUCCUCAAGUUAUGAGAGGACACAAUGUCCUAUGUGCAGCUGAGACAGGUAGUGGUAAAACAUUAUCAUAUCUACUGCCUAUGCUACACCAGAUGAAGACAGAGACAGAGAAGCUUGGUAUGAAAUCAGCCGUGGGUUUACCAAGAGCUUUAGUAUUGUUACCAGCCAGAGAACUGGCAGAGCAAGUGUUGGCUGUUGCUAGGAGAUUGAGCAAAUUUACUGAAUUGUCAGCAAACAUAGUGGAAGGUGGAAGAAGACAUAAAACUUUACAUAGUACAAGUGAUUCUCCAUUGGAUCUGAUGGUAGCUACUCCUGGAGCAUUGUUGAAAUGUGUUACAUCAGGAUGGAUUCACAUGGACAAUGUACGUUAUGUAGUGAUAGAUGAAAUCGACACAAUGUUAGAUGACAGUUUUCGAACCAUGACAUUGAACUUACUAAAACGAAUAUCUAUCAGGCACAGUGCGGAUAACACAGAGAAUGCUCAGGUCAUCAUGAUUGGAGCCACCAUGCCAAAAAAUGCAGAAGAAAUGUUGGACAAUGUUGUGGAGGAUGGAUCUCUGGUUACCGUGAAAACAACUCAUUUACAUCAUCUGAUGCCACACAUACCUCAAAAGUUCAUCAGAAUCCAUAGCAAAGAUAAAGCAGGAAAGACUUUGGAGCUUGUGAAAAGAGAUGUUAAAUGUAAAAUUCCAGUUGUUGUGUUUUGUAAUAAAAUAGAUUCCUGUAAUUGGUUAUAUCAGUUUUUGAAAGAGAACAACGUGUCUGCACUGAAAUUGAAUGGUGGAAUGAAUCACAAGGAAAGGUAUGGUUUGUUUCAGCAGUUCCAGAAGGGCAUACAAAAUGUAUUGGUUUGUACUGAUAUCGGCUCCAGAGGUCUAGAUACCAUUAGGGCACAACAUGUCAUUAACUUUGAUUUCCCGCAUGGCAUGUCAGAUUACAUUCAUCGUGCUGGUAGAGUGGGUCGAGUUGGAAGUCAAACAUCAGGUCAUGUGACCAGUUUAAUUGUACACAAAUGGGAUGUUGAUUUAGUUCAUAAAAUUGAGCGAUCUGUCAGGAUGAGAGAGGUCCUACCAAAUGUAGAUGCCAAUAUCAAGGCAAAGCUGCUGAGAAUCUCACAGGCACAAGUUUUAGAGGAUGAACUGUUUUAGAAUCCUUAAAAUUGAUGUUGCUUUUACCAGUGUGUCUAUUUGAUGUUGCACCUAUUCCUGUAUGUGUGGUCACUGCUCUGCUGAUUUGCAAAAUUUGUUUCACAACCAGUUAAAACUUUCAUUAAUCUGUGUCCGGGC